AUGGUGUCAGCUGGGUUAGGGGUCAGUGGACUGUGGGUGGUGGGGGACAUGGGCAACAGAGGGCCGGUGGGGUGGUGGUGAUGGGGGCUCUGCAAUCUGUUCCUCUCCUCAGGGUGACCCCUUUUCCAACAGACAGAGCCUCCAUGAGAGGACCAGCUGUGGCCAGCUGCCAGCCCAGUAAAGCAGCGAUGGCCUAGGGCAGAGCAUCACUGCUCCCCAUUAUUCCACACCCUCAAUGGCUCCAAUGGAGCUCCUCGUCUUUUAGUGACAUUAUCAUUAGGGCCUGAUAGAAUGUUGUGACAGCUGGCGGCUGGGUGUGGCCCAUCCCCCACUCCCCUGCUUCUCUCCCAUUGACGGAAGCCUUUCAACACUAUUGAUGAGGACUUGGCUAAGAGCCAGAGCCCAUAUGUGCCCAUCCCCUCCCCUCUCCAGCAUCUUCCUCAUUGAUAAUUCACACUAUUGAUCACCAUUAGUUAUGCUGAUGGAGCUCAGGGCCUCAGAGGGAUCCUCCAAUACCAUUAGAUGACGUUAAGGGCCAGUUGAGGAGGGCAUUGAUAGGGCUGGCUCAUUACCAUGUGUUGAAUUACCAAAACUCUGAGAAUGUUUCCCUCUAAUCUCAUUAAAAGCUCAUGGAGGAUCUUUGUCGAUAAGAGCGAGGUUACGUGAUAGACAUCUGACUUUCACUUACUUCUGUCAAUAAGUAGCCUGACGCUCCCAGGAACAUGCUGGUGUGUGUGUGAUUCAUGUUUCUGUGGGCUGUUUACAUUCAUGUCAACAGGACAAAACAUGCCAGAUAAAACACAAUAAAUAUGAAUAAACUCAGAAUGACAUGUUGUCAGUUGUGCUUGCAUAUCCCAUCUCAUCACCCUUAUAGCACAAAGGAAUAUUGUUAUUAUGUUGUAGUAAAGGUCUUUAGGUCAAGAGGAGCAUACAGUAAAUGUUAUGAUCUACAUUAUAUCUGAGUAUUGAGGAAGGUGAGCGUUUUGUGUGAGAGAAGGCUGCCAAGGAGGCUGGGAGAUAUCAUCCUGUGAUGUGUUAGAUGAAACACCUGCUGUGUACUUUAAACGUGUGUGAAACUGGCUAGCGCCAUGGAGAAUAGGCUGUCUGUAGAGACUAGGAAAGUAAGGCAGGGAAAGGAGGGGAGAGAGAUGGAAAAAGGGGGAGGAGGUGGGAGAGGGAGGGAGUUUUGUGUAGGGAGAGAUUCUAAUAUUACUUUGGUUCAGUUGAUUAAAUUUGUUCUGGGGUUUUCCCUUACUCCUAUUUCAGCGUAUAGGCUGUCAGUUAAGAACAUCUACUCUCUUUCUUUAGACACUGGUUCUGAAUGAAUGGACUAAGGGAGGCAUAUAGAGGAGGAGGAGGAGGAGGAGGAGGAGGGAUACAGACAGGACAUGAGGACAGGGAUGAGACAUAUUAACAGAGGCAGAUUGUCAGAUUUAUUUCAGGGGCAAUGGCUUAAUUAUCUGUUUAGCUGUGCUGUCACCUUUCAAGUGGCAGGCAGCCUCACUGGGAGAGCAAAUAUUAUUAGAGGAUCUGGGAGAGUUGUGGCGUUUCAUUAACAAAGAAUGUCAUUGGUUUCUUAAAUGCCAGUCAAGCAGACUACUGAGGUACCCUCCACAAAGGAGAGCCAGAGAAGGGGAGUAGAAUUAACAAUUAGUAAAGGCUGGUGUGUGUGUGUGUGUGUGUGUGUGUGUGUGUGUGUGUGUGUGUGUGUGUGUGUGUGUGUGUGUGUGUGUGUGUGUGUGUGUGUGUGUGUGUGUGUGUGUGUGUGUGUGUGUGUGUGUGUGUGUGUGUGUGUGUGUGGGUGGUUGUGUGUGUGUGUGGGGGUGCUCGAGUACUCAUGCAUAUUUGUGUAUGCAAGUGUGUCGGUGUGUAUUUGUUUCUCUGUCUAUCUAAAUGGACAAAGGAUUUAUUUGAUUGUAUGUGAACUUGCAUAUUGAUUACUAAUAGAUAUUUAUUGCUGCAUUUUUUAAACUUGGAUUGGUGCACACUCAAUAUCUGAAGAGCAUCUAUCUCACUCCCACAUGCCUGGUUGCCAUAGCCACUAGUGAGGAGUGGAGGUGGAAUUCCAGAGUGGAUAUGAUGAGAUUCUAUUAAGUGCUAUCGGGCAGUUCACUAGGCACCACCAUCUUGUACCAGGAGGUGUGUUCAGUAUAGUUAGUAUCAGUGCUGCAGCUUUUGUAUUGUAUUAUUUCUCUAAGGUGAUUGACCGUGUGUGUGUGUGUGUGUGUGUGUGUGUGUGUGUGUGUGUGUGUGUGUGUGUGUGUGUGUGUGUGUGUGCGUGUGCGUGUGCGUGAGUGCAUGUGUGUGUGCGUGAGUGCAUGUGUGUGUGCAUGUAUGUGUGAUUGGACUGCUACACUCCUCUCCCAUCAGUAGUGAAGGCAGCAGCAGCAGCAGUGUAUCUCUGUAGCUGGGAGUAGAUCAUCAGAGAUUUCCCCAUUGCCCUGAUUGGGAGUGAGAUACCAGCAUUCCCUCUCUGUGUGAUUCCACAGCCCUCGCCUGCAGGGGAUCGAUAGCAGGGCCAGAUGAAAGGAAGUUAGAGGAGAGAGAUCCACACACACAAACACACAGUCAGAGGAACUCAGAUAUAGACUGCCAAGGAGCACUGAUGCAGGGAAAUAUCAUAUGAUUAUAUGACAUGAUAUGGUCCUGAUAGGGAGUGGUAAUGCUUUGAUUCUUAAUAUCCUGUGAUGUAUUGAAUACUAAGUAUGUGUACUAGUUUGGAUGGAUGGUAUGCUCCAGUUACUGUCUCUGUAUUGAUGGAAAGCCAAUGUGCUGUUGUCUAUAUAGCGGUCUGUCUGUUUUCAUUUCCCAGGCCCAGACAGUUGACAUAACCCUGAGACUAUAAUACUGUGGGUAAACAGGCAGACAAUAGGACAGCCCUUGUUCCCAUACUGACCUGCCAGGACCCCCAUUCUGUUUUUACUGCCUCUGGGGUUAAUCCAGACCCUGACUGUGUUACAGGCCGUGUUGACUUCUCACUGUGGGCAGGGGGACUUCAUUAUGAUUGAGUCUUGAGUGGAUAUAAUGUGCGUACUACAGUAAUCGUCUAUGUGAUGGAGUCAUUUGGACCGAGGAAAAGCACAUUAGGCUUAAAGAUGCAUCAAUUUGACAAAAUACUGUAACAGACCAUUUCACUAACCUCAUGCCUCUCUCCCUCUGUCUCUCUCUGUCUCUCUCUCUCUGUCUCGGUCUCUCUGUCUCUAUCUCCAUCUCCGUCAGGUGGUGGUGCCAACGCGGGUGGGCCAGGUGUAUGUGUAUGACACAGGGAACUCAGAGCAGGAUGAGUAUGACGUCCCCCCCAGACACCUGCCUCCCUCCCAGCAGUCCCAGGACAUCUAUGAUGUUCCCCCGACCCGUGGCCAAUACAACCAGCAGGUGAGGAGUCAGCUAGAAACACAUGAUCUCUCUCCUGAGCCCUAGGACCAUGCCUGAUGACUCCUGGCUUUCCCCGUCCCCAGUCCACCUGGUCGUGCUGCUGAUCCAGUUUCUGUUGUUUUGCCUGUGGCUAUGGAACUCUGACUUGUUCAGCAGACAUGCUACCUUGUCCUGGACGUGCUGUUUUCGUCUCUCUCUCAAUUCAAUUCAAAGGGCUUUAUUGGCAUGGGAAACAUAUGUUUACCUCACCUGCAUUUAUGUUAACACUGCACUCCCCCGCCUUUCUAGUAAAGUAACAGUAACAUACCCACAUCUCUGAAGAUCACAUUUCUCAUCUUCCAUAUCAUCAGCAAUUGAGCCACACUAGUGAUGGUGUCCUGUGUAUGAGAGGGGCUGUGGUAUUCAUGUCCUCUCACUGUCCUGCCUCGCCACUUAUUGUCUCCUAUGUCACUGAAGUGAUUUCAUCCUCUUCACAAGAUUGAUGGCUAUUAUUCCUCUCGACUGCCUUAGACACACUUCCCGACUCGAUUGGUCAUCUGUCUGUGAAGUGUCUCGCUUCUCAUUAAUAAUUGAUGUGUUGGGAAUAUUAAACCACUCUCCCUCACCUCCCUCUCUCUGUCUCUCUCUCACUCUUUCUGUCUCUCUCUCACUCUCUGUGUAUGUUUAAACCCACGGCAGUUCUGUGAUUCCAUGUCUAUUUUUAGAGGAGGUCAUACAUUACUAGCAGGGGAAGUAGAUAUUUCAGUGUCUGGAGGCGUUAGAAAAUGAAGGUUGUAUUUUUCCACAAAGCACAGUGAGCAGCGUGUCCUGAGCUGCAUGUGCUCUGGCUCUGAAGGUGUCAUUCGUUAACAAACACACACACACAGACACAGACACAGACAGACUUCUGGAGCAGAUAGACAAGCACACAGCCAUUCUAUCUACUGACAUCUUCUAUUCCCAAAGCAAAGGUCGCAUGGCAGUAGAGAGGGGUAAAGAACUAGCUGGAGGGAGGAGAGAAUGAGGGAAAAAGAGGAAAAGCUGUUUGACUGCGUCAGAGAGGGAGAAAAACAGCUGGAAGACAAACUGAGAGUAGAAACAAAAAUGAAUAAGAGGAAGCUGAAAGGAGUAGACAUACAGCCUUUUAGAGAGACAGUGUGAUCCUUCAAAUAUAGUGCAGGGCCUGUAGGGAUAUCAUUGCAUUCAAGCUCAGAUAGCAGCACAUGUUCACUGGAUAAUCUAUUGAGCCCUGGCUUUGGUUUUCUGCUGAGAGGAGUAACACAAACAUCUAUUUUUCACUCCAACCUGUCUGCUAUCAGAUCAGUAUACCCGCGCUGAAUACCAACUCCAAACAAAUUGCAUCGCCUGAAUUCAAGAUUCUGAUCAAGUGUUUUCUCAAGGUGCCCAAUGGUUGUGGGGGUGGAUUUAUUAUUCAUACUGUAGUCCCUCUUGCCUCCUCUCUCUGUCAGUCUCAUCCUCCAAAGGCCUGGAGAACAGAUUGUAUUUUACAGAAUUAUAAUUGUUAAUCUGCUUGUUUGGGGACAGCCGCAUUUCGAGUGAUGGGAGUGCAAUUUGCUGUGUGUUAAUAGGGGUACAGGAGUGGAUGGAGAAGUUGGCUUGUCAGUCUGCUGCUGUUUGCCGUCAGGUUGUAGAGAAACAGGGAUGAAGUUGAGUCUUAGAUACCACAUACAAUAUUCCUCCUCAGGUGCAACACUUAUUGACACCCAGCCUGCAGAUAAUCCUUCCUCAGCAUCAUAAACUUUAGAGAGGGUCCCUUGUCAGACCCUGGCAGUAGAUUGGGUUGUGUGUUUGCGAGUGUCACACAUGGAGCGUCAUUCUGAUGUUUAUGAUCAACAAAGUACUGUUUAAUACAGCCAUUAACCUAAAAGAUGUAGCAUUAAACUGCCCUCUAAAACUCAUUACCAAGCUCAUUGACUUGGUGAACUACCAUCACCUAUAUAGUUGUGAAAUAGUCUAUUAAUCAAAAGCUGUAAAAGUAGUGUGCAGAGCACAACAACAGACCCUUCACGGGCUGGAGAGAGACAGACGGAGACUUUGGCUGCUGCAUGGCGGUAUGUUCUAAAAGUUUACUCACACAAGACUGACAGCAAAGUUAAUUCUCUCGCCGCUGCUCCAGGCUCAAGUGCAUUGUGGGAUUGAAUUUGACGGUGCUUUAGAAAAGAGGAGGUUAGGCAAUAGGCAUCCUCUCAAAAACAUUCUGUAGCAUUGUUGCAGUAAUAUCACAUUGUUUUGAAUGUUGCAUUUUGUGGGCAUCACACACAUAUCCUUAUGGUUUUCAUAUGUCAUACAGUGGCGAGAGCAGGCACAACUGACCAGUAGCACCGAGGUUUUAUGAGAGCAGAGUUAGCAUUGAGGUUAAGGUCUCUGCUGUAUACGAGAUUUUCUCCAGCUGUUUCCAACUUUAAUCAUGCUCCAGUCAGUCCAGCUCCCUGUGUGUGUGUCAGGGCCAGUCCCAGAUAGGAUGUGUAUCCUCUGUGUAGGAGUGGGAGAGAGGGUCCCCUAUCGCGUGUAUCAACGCCAUCACUAACCCCCUCUCAGCCUGCAGCCUUAAUAAUGCCUCUGUUUGUCCCCCCCCCCCCCCCCCCCCCCCCCCCCCACCCCCCCCUUCCUUAACAUUAUGCACCCUAACUAAUGAGAAGAGGAGAGAGGAAAAAAGAAAGCAUACAAAAAAUGGUAGGAAGGCAGCGGAGAAGAGAGGAGCCCCAGAGAGAGGAGAGAUUAGAGGACAAAGUGGGCAAAGUCCCUCCCACCUUCUCCACAUUCAACUGGAUUAAACCAACAGGCUCUCAGAAACUUGAUUUAAUUAGUCCCUCCCUUUUUUAGUAUGCUCCUCAAUGGAGUCUGCUGCAGCUGUAAUUGAGCUCUUAUUCCUGAUUGCGUAUUUAUGUAAUAAUAAUAAUUUGGUGGAUGCUUAUAUAAGUGUGUAUUAAUACACAUAUGUGAAUUGGAAAUGUGUUUUCUGCAUAUCCCAACUCCCUCUGAGACACCCUCAGAAAGUGGGGUCACGGCCAGCGUCUGCCAUUAUCAACGGUGACCUUGGAGCAAUUAGGGUUAAGUGCCUUGCUCAAGGGCACAUCAACAGAUGUUUCACCUUGUCGGCUCAGGCAUUUGAACUACCAACCUUUCAGUUACUGGCCCAACGCGCUAACCGCUAGGCUACCUGCCGCCCCAUGUGUGUCUGUAUGUGUGUCUGUAAAUGUAUCUUUAUUGCUUGGGGUGUGGGUGUUUUAUCUCAUUGUACCUUUUAUCUUCCUCCCAGGUGUAUGACACGCCCCCCAUGGUGGUGAAAGGCCCCCCCAGUGGCCAAGACAUCUAUGACACGCCCCCAAGUGUGGACAAGAGCCAGAUGUUCUCCCAGCAAACGGUGAGAGGCUGCUGCUGCUGCACCAAUAGGGUGUCCUCUCUGUCUGUUAUUGUAGUAGAGGAGGGAGACAGUGGUAGACUCAUCAAUCCCUGUGUACUUUACCACCUGUCCUUGUUUGCUGGAUAUGUGGUGCCUUAAAGUAACCAUCCCUCCUCCUUAUCAUGAGUCAGAAUGUGUGUUUUAAAUCAUUAUGAAAUCCUAUGGCAGUGAGAGUCAGUGUGUGUGCUUCACGUCAUUAUGAAGUCAUAUGGCAGUGAGAGUCACUACAGUAUGUGUGUUUGACGUUGCCUCUGUCUUCCUCCCAGGUGUACGACUUCCCCCCCUCCGUCAGUAAGGAUGUUCCAGACGCUCCUAUCAGGGAGGAGACCUAUGAUGUUCCCCCCCACUUCGCCAAGCUGAAGAGUCUGGAGAGCCAGAACCAGGGCUAUCUGAUCCCCGGGGGGCCUGAGCCCCCCAUCCCUGAAGACGUGUACGAUGUCCCUCCCCCUCCCCUCACCGGCAAGUGCCACCCAGACGCCCACCACGCCCCACUGGGCCAGGAGAUCUACGACAUCCCCGCCAGUCUGAGGAAGGGUGGACCCCACAACCCCCAGGAUGUGUACGAUUUCCCGCGCGAGCGGCCUGCGUGCGAGGACUCCAUCUAUGACGUCCCCCCUCAGGUGGUGAGAGACGCGGGUGCCACAGAGGAGCUGACGGUCAGCUUCAAACGACUGUCUGCCUCCAGCACGGGCAGUACCCGCAGCAACCUGUCCACCUCCUCUCUGGACAUGGUGCCAGUCAGGGAGUCGGCAGUGCCCGGCCAGGCCGGCCUGGGGAAACUGUUGAUCCUAGACCUGGAGCAGGCCAUGGAGCGCCUCUCCCAACUGCAGCAGGAGGUGGAGGGCUCCGUCUCCCUCCUCAUGUCCUUCAUUAGUGGGAACUGGCGCAGCCCCACCCAGAUGGAGGCCAACCUCCCAGCCAUCAGGCAGGCGGUGGACAGGAUGAGGGCGGCCGUCAGGGACCUGCUGGAGUUUGCACGGGGGGCCGUGGCCAACUCUGCCCAGGCCACUGACCGCACGUUGCAGGCCAAGCUGGGCAAGCAGGUGCAGAAGAUGGAGGAAGCCUUCCAUAGCCUGGUCAAGUACAGCCAGGCUCUGGAUGCUGUGGCCUGGGCCCCCUCUGCUCUGAUGGCACCCUCAGCGGGCAGUGGUGGGGAUGACCUGGACCGGCUGGUCAUGUGUGCCCGGGGCGUGCCCGACGACACCAAACAGCUGGCCUCCUUUCUCCAUGGCAAUGCCUCGCUGCUCUUUAAAAGGACAAACAAGCAGCAGCAGCUUCCUCUGCCCCCUGUCCCCCACACUGCUGACCUCAUGGGUCAGAUGACCAACAACAACAUCUCAGCUUAUCAGACAGGAGAUGGCAGGGCCAACAUCCAGUCCCGGCCCCUGCCGCCCCCGCCCAAGUUCACGUCCGAGGAGGAGACCCCUGACCGGCCGUACGAGACCACAGAGGAGGGCUGGAUGGAGGACUAUGACUAUGUGCAUUUACAGGUAAAACCUCCUCAUAUGAAAGAACAAAACAGAUCAUCACACAUGCAUUUACAUCCUUAAUUAUCAGUCGAGAAUAAGCACUGGUACUCUCAUAACAGUAUGGUGGUUUGGCGCAAUCAGCAGCACUCUACAUUAACCCAUGGAUUAUGUUAAGCCAUAGUGUCUAUAAUGAUACGUUAUUACAGUAUUUCAGAUGAGAGAGAAGAUAGAGAUGAUGAUACACCUGGAGUCUAUCUCCAUACAACAGCCAGUAGAUUGAUCAAUUGCCCAUACAAGGCUUCGCCAUGUGGGAUACACAUACUCCCCCAACACACUGCUUCAGGUGUCAUCAUCAGUCACCAUUACUGCAUGUGCAGGCCUGUUUUUUUUUACAUUUUUUAUUUUUUACAUUUUUUAGUCAUUUAGCAGACGCUCUUAUCCAGAGCAACUUACAGUUAGUGAAUACAUAUAUUUUUUUUUAUACUGGCCCCCCGUGGGAAUCAAACCCACAACCCUGGCGCUGCAAACGCCAUGCUCUAUCAACUGAGCUACAUCCCUGCCGGCCAUUCCCUCCCCUACCCUGGACGACGCUGGGCCAAUUGUGCGCCACCCAUGAGUCUCCCGGUUGCGGCCGGCUGCGACAGAGCCUGGAUUCGAACCAGGAUCUCUAGUGGCACAGUUAGCACUGCGAUGCAGUGCCUUAGACCACUGCGCCACUCAGGAGGCGUUUUUUUUUUUUUCUCUACAUACCCAUCAUACAUCAUCGCUUUCGCUGUCCAUUGCUACUGUUGUAUCCCUCAUGUGCAGCAGUAUUGUUGUUGUGAAAAUGCAAGGAGAACAGAUGAUGUUAAGAUGAUAUGAUCUUAUUUAAAAUACAGUUAUAUCUUAAAUAUGUUUCAGUGCUUUAUGUGUGUUUGGUACACUAACAUACAAACCUUGAUGUCAUGUGUCACUUUGUGGCAGAGCUGCAGUCUGGUCUGGUGUGGUGUGAUAUGAGCUCAUACUGCCCUCUGCUGAUUAGGAGAAUUAUCACGUGGUCUCAGACAUUAUUUUAUAUGGGUAAUCCUCCCUUGAGCCAGUUGAAUUAAAAUUCCAUCCCAGCAUUGGCUUAGUGUGUUUGUGUCUAUGUGCUUGGAGCAGUAAAUAAGAUACAUUUUCUUUCUGUCAUUUGAUUUCCAGGGUAAGGAAGAGUUUGAGAAGAAUCAGAGGCAAUUAUUAGAGAAAGGGACCAGACAAAACAAAACCACACUGGAACGGCAGCAGGUGAGGACCUGUGGGUCUAUCAGUCAGUGAGAGUGGAUUUGUAUCUGAUUCAUUAAUAAGGGAGUGUUUGAAAGAACAUUAUGAAUGACUGUGCUGUUACAUUGGUGUCUUAGAGGUUGAGGGUUCAGUCAGUACAUAUGGGAUGUUUACAGAUCAGGCGGGUAUUUAUUUACUCUCUCUGUGUUCCCAUCUACUGCAGCUGAAACAGUUUGAGCAACUGGAGCAGGAAGUCAGCCGGCCAAUCAACAAUGACAUCUCAGGCUGGACCCCGCCUCCCCACUAUCCGGCGGCCCAGCGGAGCAAGCUGAGCAUGGGCGACCGGCAGCUGCUGCUCUUCUACUCGGAGCAGUGUGAGGCAAACGUCACCACCCUCACCAACGCCAUCGACGCCUUCUACUCCUCCAUCAACAACAACCAGCCGCCCAAGAUCUUUGUGGCUCACAGCAAAUUUGUCAUCCUCAGCGCACACAAGCUGGUGUUCAUCGGGGACACGCUCUCUCGGCAGGCCAAGUCCCUGGAGGUGCGGGCGCAUGUGGCCCAGCACAGUAAUGCUCUGUGUGACAAACUCAAGGACAUCGUGGUGAGCACCAAGACUGCAGCGCUGCAGUACCCUUCCCCUGGUGCUGCACGAGACAUGACGGAGAGGGUUCGGGAGCUGGCCGGCUGUACACAGCAGUUCCGCAUGGCUCUGGGCCAGCUGGUGGCCAUGUGAACCUUCGGUCCUGAGACACUGACAUGGGGAGUCCACACUGGGACACACAGCACCCACCUACCCAGUGGGCCACUAUCACAGACACAUGGACCCUUCAUCCUCCUCUUGUGCUUUUAAUUUUUUUUAAAGGACAACUAUCUGACUGGGCUGGGCCAUUGGUUGUAAAUUAAUCAUUGUAAAUAUUUAAGUUACUAUUAGCCAGAAAAAAAGUGAAAGAAAAUGUACUUCCACUAUAUAUAUGUUUUUGAGACCUUAUGGAAAAAAUGCAACAUUAUGUAGUUUUUAGGCAAUGUCCAUUAUUAUUAUUGCUAUACUAUAAUUAUUGCUCUGAUUAUUAUAAUUGUUAUCAUUAUUGUUAUAAUGCGUUGAUUAAGGAUGUUUAAAUUUCAAACAAAAUGUAUGUCGUACUUAAUGCUGUUUUUCAUCCCAGAUUAUCAAUAUUGGUGGAUUUUGUAAAAGUAAUGUACUUAGGUGAGGUGGAGGAUAUGUUGACAGAAAAUUAAUAGCUUUCCUUAGAGCAGUGAAAGGAGGCUGGGUGUCUUGUUGUGAUUGCAAGGCAUUCUGGGUAGGG